AUGUUUCUGGAAACACUCGUCCGAGCCGGCAUUACGCUAAUAGCUAGCUUAUCUAUACCUCACGCCGUUUCUGUUAUCAAGAAAUUCGACAAUCUUGAUACUACGGAAGCAGGGCACGUCGAGAUUCAAUCCAAGGUUCACAAUGCAACUAGCAUUCGCUAUGUCAAGAACUCUGGAAUCUGUGAAACAACUCCAAAUGUUACCCAAAUUUCUGGUUACAUUGACGUUGGAACAAACAUGUCCAUGUGGUUCUGGUUCUUCGAGUCUAGAAAUUCACCGGAAACAGCCCCAUUCACUCUGUGGUUGAAUGGCGGCCCUGGAUGUUCUUCUAUGAUCGGAUUGUUCCAAGAGAACGGACCAUGCUUAGCGAAUGCCGACCGUAAUUCCACCAUUCUUAACCCCUACAGCUGGAACAAUCUCAGCAACAUAAUCUACAUUGACCAGCCAAUCGGAACAGGGUUUUCUUACGGUACUGAUCCGGUGAACAGCACGGAAGCCGCUGCGCCCUUUGUAUGGACUGCAUUUCAGGUUUUGUUUGAAAGCCAGCUAUUUUCGAAGUAUGCCAGUCGAGAGUUCAUCUUUGCCACAGAGAGCUAUGGUGGUCACUACGGACCCAGUUUUGUGACCUACUUCGAAGAGCAAAACGCCUUAAUCGCUAGUGGGGAGGUUGAUGCUGUUCCAGUUGUUGUCAGCGCCUUGAUGAUCAACAAGCAAAACAUCGCAUACCUAAAUUUUGCGACUUAUGCCCCUGGCUAUGGGCAGCUCCAGCCAGAUGACGUACUCAAGAACAUUUCGGAUGCCCUGUACGGUUCUGAUGGUUGCGUAGCGCAAGAGAAUGCCUGCUACGCUGCUGGAACUUCCACUCAAUCAAACAAGAUUUGCCGGGAUGCCGAUAAUUACUGCAUCGACAAUGUCUUCACCCCUGCUGUGGGCGAUUACGACAGCUAUGAUAUACGCCAAAACUCAUCUGCUUUAUUCCCCCCUGAAUACUAUAUGUAUUAUUUGCGCAAAGAGGAUGUCAUGAAGAGGAUCGGUGCUCAGGUCAAAUACGAGGAAUGCCCAAACGCACCGUAUGAACAAUUUGUAAAGACAGGGGACAACAUGGCUACCCCAGCUAUCGGCUCUGGCGAACUCCGGGAUGAAGAUUUUGAUUUGGAACAGGCUGGAGAUGCUGAUAUGAAUUGCAAUUGGCUUGGGGGCCAUGCGUCAGUUCUCGCAAUGGAUUGGUAUGGCAAUGAGACGCUCCAUAAUACCCCAUUCACCAAUAUGACGAUCAACGGCACGCCUGUUGCGGCCGUGCAGAACGUCGACAACUUCUCCUUUGCACGGGUGUAUGGUGCUGGACACGAAGUGGCUGCCUUCCAGCCCCAAGCAGCUUUGGAGAUUUUCUCGCAGGUUGUUCGUAAGGAACAACUUCACUCCGUCUAA